CAUUCGGGUGAAAAUGGUCGAGAGAGUGGCUAUGGUACGGCACCAAGCAGGUUAUGGAACAGUCCACGACUGCACCACAGACAACGAGACUCAUCGAAUCGUGUCGAUAACCAAGGACAUCCGUUGCCGUUGGCUGUAUUUGCUCAGCAACCUCAAAGUAUUCAUACGAUGACCUAUGUGUGA